AUGAUUGUCUGCGUCGCCGUCGUCGGCCACCAGAACAACCCACUCUACAUUCAAAGCUUCACCGACGCCGAUGACGCCCUCAAGCUCCACCACAUCGUGCACUGCUCCCUCGACGUCGUCGACGAGCGAGUGAACAAUCCUAAAAAGGCUGGACCGACCUUGAAUGAGACAUUCUUGGGUCUGCUUUAUCCAACUGAAAAUUACAAAGUGUAUGGCUAUUUAACCAAUACGAAGGUGAAGUUUAUCUUGGUAACUACUGAUCUUGAUGUCAAGGAUGCGGAUGUUAGAAAUGUGAGUAUGGCUCUGAGUUUUGGACCUUCCUAA